CUAUUCAUCACCCAACUCUCUAUCCAAUCUCCUCCGAACAAGAAAAAUGUCGGCUUCAAAAUUCUUACAUUCAGGCAAUUUACUGUUCCGUUCUUCAAAAACCCACAAAUCAAUAGCAGCAACGCCUCUCUUUCUCUCCUUCAAACCCUUAUCACUCCUCCCUUCUUUCAGUUUCCACCGUCACUGUUCGUCCUCCACUGCUGCCAUUGAUGCUGUCACCUCUGAUGCUUCAGACACCCUUAAACACCCUUGGCCUGAAUGGGUCUCUUUCAUUGACCGAUUAAAGAGCAAGGGUUACUUCGGCAAUACUAGUUCUACUGAUACUACUACUACUAAUAUUGCAAAUGAUGCUAUUGAGAGUGUUUAUAAGGAUACGAAUCAACUAAAAGACCCUUGUCUUAGUUUUGCACGUGAUAGAUAUGAUCUUCUCAAAUUAUUGAGUGUAGAUGAUAUUGAAACGGUUGUGAAGAAUGGAUGUCCUAGUCUUCUUCGAAAAGUAGUAAAUUCAGCGAAAAGAUUGAGAGCCUACACCCGAUUGGACGAAGGAGAUGUUUGUAGUGCUUGCAAUUUACGGGGAUCUUGUGACCGAGCUUAUGUGUUACUAAAGGAUAAUGAAGCAGAUGCCCGUACUGUCGAUAUAGUACGCAUACUAUUGUCCUAUGCACUAGAUCCACUUGUUAUUUCAGAGGAAGAAAAACCUCCUGGUAGAGCAGUUGUUGAAGCAUCUGUAAGAAAGCUGGUUUCUGAUUUGAUUGAUUUGAUUCAGACAACCCCUGAUCCACCAGUGCAAAAGCCUGCUGCUAAAGCUGUCCAUCAGAAGGAACAAGAGAGGAGUUUUAGUGAUAGCAAGCAACCUCCUCAAUCAGAUGCAGUAGGUAGUAAAAGACUGUCUCAGGAUGUUGAAAUGAAAAGAGGAGAUUGGAUGUGCCCCAAGUGCAACUUCAUGAAUUUCUCUAAAAAUAUACGAUGUCUAAAAUGUAGUGAAGGCGGCCCAAAAAAAGUCGAUGUUUCAGACAUAGAGUUGAAAAAAGGAGACUGGAUAUGUUCCAAAUGUGAUUUCAUGAACUUCUCCAGAAAUAUAAGAUGCCUAAAGUGCAAAGCAGAGGGACCAAAGAGGGACGCUGUAAAUGACAUAGAAAUGAAGAAAGGAGAUUGGAAUUGCCCUCAGUGUGAAUUCAUGAACUUUGCUAGCAAUAAGAGCUGUUUACGUUGCCAAGAAGUACGACCAAAGCGACCGCUGAAUCCUGGAGACUGGGAAUGCCCAUCGUGUGACUUCUUGAACUUCAGUAGGAAUGCUGUCUGCCGAAAGUGCAAAUGUGAGCGUCCUAAAGGCGCAACAACAGAGUAUGAGGAACAGAUCUGGAGGCGCCCUCAUUAGUUAUAGAGGCUGUCCAGUCUUUUGCAGUUCUGUUAAUGAUCAAACAUGUCAUUGUGCAUACUUCCAAAUCUAGCAAAACAAAAGAGAGAGAGAGAGAGAGAGAGAGAGAGAGAGAGAGAGAGAGAGAGAUCAUUGUAUGAGUAUGAUGUAUUCAUUAAAAGUGUGGACCUCUUAGGUUUUAAAGAUAUGAACCUUAGGCUUUUUUUUUUUUUUUUUGGUUUAACGGUUUAGAUGUUUAUGUUUGCAUAGUUCAGAAUUUGAACCAAUGAUAUAUUGACACUUGGCCCUUCUUUA